AUGUCUUCGGUUUUUGAUGAAAUUUAUGUCGGUCAUGAUGAGCUUGUUUCAUAUUUGACUACAUAUACAUCUUUCUGGGGUUUUAUUUCCCGUUUCCGAGAAGUAAUUGUUACCUCGUCAUUGACUUCACCUACUUCUUGCUGGCAAGACCUCAAUAAUACUUGGGUUAGUCGUUUUUUAUAUGAGGCGAGGAAAAUAGAUGAAAGUAGGUUUAUUACAAUAGAGGAUAAGUUUGGUAACCAUUCCAAGCCCUCUGUUCAGGUCAGAUCAGAACGUUUACGAUGUGAAAACAGUUUACAAGAAUAUUGGGAAGGAGUAGAACAGGAAUGUAAAAUGAGGCGGGAUAUAACGAACCAUAAAGCUGAAAUAGAGCUGGUUCUUCGAAAUCUUUCUGAGCUUAAUGAGCAAUUACGGAUAAAGGAGGCUGAUUUGUCUGAGCUUACAAGCAAGUGGUACAAAUCUAAUAUCAGCCCGAACCAUAGUGAUAUGGGGGAUUUUGUUGAAGGUUUCAAAGAUGAUUUAGGCGAAAAUUCAAAUGGAAGGUCUGUGGAUGACGAUAAUAAUUCUUCAUCUAAUUUUGGCUCGAAUUUCGCCGAAGGUUUUGACGACGAUUUAGGUGGAAAUUCAGAUAGAGGAUCUGUGGAUGAGAAUACGUCUGAUACUCUUUCAGGAGUAGUAGGGACACAAAACUCUCAACAAAAAAUUAAUAGAAAAAGGAGAGACGUACCUCUUUUAAGUCGAGAAUUCAAUCUCCGUACACGAAGAAAUAUUAAUUAUAAUGUUGGACCUUUAUCAAAAAGACGUCACUCCAUCGCCAUCACCUUCUCCACAACUUCCAUCAUCACCACAAUUACCUUCUCCACAAUCACCUCCUCCACAAUCACCAAUAUCAUUAUUACUAUCAUCACCGCAAAUUUCUCUACCUCCUUCACCGAUACCUCCACAUAG